GAAUUCUGACUUCUACUAUUUCGCGGUAUAUAGCGCAACUAACAACAGUCAGUGUUUUGUCGGCGGGUAUUUGACCCAUGGCUGACCCCACUGUUCAUGACUUGUCACUAGAAUUUGAGACGAUUUCCUCCUUGUAUUCAGUCGAUGAGUCUCAAGCUAGAGCGAAACAACUCUCUGAUACUCCCUGGUUUUCAAUGGUUCUCUAACUGAUGUGUUAGCUUGUGCUCAGUCUUAGCAUUCAUGUAUCACUGAAUGAAUAAAAUUUGAUGGUUGUCUACCAAGCUACUCGCCUACAUAUGUAAGUAGUACGUCUACACUAGUUUUAAAAUACUAGUAUCUUUAUUCAUUAUACGUAAACAUAGUUUUAGCCGGGGGAGAUAUGUGUAUUAUGUGUAUAUGCGGAUGAUAUCACGAAUAUUCACUGAGGCGAGAGAUCAAAAAUUCAAUUGAGACUUCGAUUAUUCAGACUGUAAUUGGCUGAUUUUUUAACUUGAAAAUGUCGAAAAACUCAAGUGAAUAUUUUGAAUGCAUAACGCUAUGAUAACACUGAUUCCAUACUAGUUUGUAGAUUAACUGAGGUACUAGGCAAAGUCUGGGAAUCAGAGACAGUACCAUCAGACUAUGGUAAGUCACUUAUUAUGCCGAUAUUCAAGAAGGGAAACAAGUCCUCGUGUGAUAAUCAUAGGGGGAUCAGCCUAACGAACAUAGUCUCUAAAAUCCUAGGCUCAGUAAUCAUGCAUAGACUAAGCAGAACUCGGGAGGAACAGACAAGGGAAAAUCAAGCAGGUUUUAGACCAGGUAGAGGGUGCAUAGAUCAUAUCUUCACUCUUCGACAGAUUCUAGAACAUAGACACACUUUUCGGCGUCCAACAAUUGCCAUAUUUCUUGACUUGAAGGCGGCCUUCGACUCCGUGGAUCGAAAGGUACUAUGGCAAUGUCUGACUGUGAAGGGAGUGCCAAGAAAGUACAUUGCACUAAUCAAGGCACUCUAUUCAAACUCACGUAGUCGUGUAAGGGCUUAUGGGGAAUUGUCAUCUGAAUUGGUAACAACCAGUGGUGUCCGACAGGGAUGUCCACUUUCCCCAUUUCUGUUUAACUUCAUCAUAGAUAUGCUAAUGGAAGUAUCCUUAACUGAACGUAGUGACUUAGGAAUCGACUUGUUACCAGGGAAUAAUCUAAUGGACUUAGAAUAUGCAGAUGACAUAGUCCUGUUAGGGGAGGAUGCUGACAAAAUGCAGAGUCUUCUGAACACCUUGAGCAGCAAUCUUCGUAUGUUUGGCAUGCGAUUCGCCCCUGAAAAAUGUAAGAUGCUGCUACAGGACUGGACCCCGUCAAUCCCUAACUUAGUGAUAGGGAGUGAAGUGAUAGAACAUGUUGACCACUUCACCUAUUUGGGAAGUCGUAUUAGCACCAACGGACUGAUUGGCGAUGAAAUCUCAGCACGGAUCCGAAAAGCUCGAGCUGCUUUCGCUGACUUACACCAUCUCUGGCGUAGGCGUGACAUCCGGCUAUCAACCAAGGGACGUGUGUACUGCUCAUCAGUUUGCUCCGUCCUUCUCUAUGGCUCUGAAACAUGGCCAAUACGCGUUGAAGACAUGAAAAGGUUGACUGCUUUCGACCAUAGAUGUCUGCGAUCUCUGUCUCACGUUAGGUGGUUUCACAAGAUAAGUAAUGUUGACGUUAGGCGUAAAGUGUUGGGCAAAGAGGGAAAAUCAAUCGACGAGGCUAUAAAGUUACAUAGACUAAGAUGGCUAGGUCACGUGAUGCGCAUGCCUAACCACCGCCUCCCCCGACGGGCUUUGCUAGCUGAUAUAGGUUCAGGUUGGAAAAGAGCCAGUGGUGGCCAAACAAAAACAUGGCAUCAAUCCAUGAAAUCCUUGACAGUUAAACUGAGUCAGGUAGGGAGAUGCAGACUUCCGGGUUGGGGCCCUCGGGACUCUAGGAAUCAAUGGCUGGAGACAGUAGGUGAAAUGGCUCAAAAUCGUUGUUAAUGGCGCAGAUGUAUUCAGUCUCUGUAAUCUUUCAUAUUCCUUUCUACCAUUAUCCAUUCUGUUUCACUCUUAUACUUGUCAAACUCUAUUGAUUCUCUUCACUCAUCUUCUUGUCUACCUCUGUGUGCUAUUUGGAACGUGGCAACUCGAACUGCUGCACUUCGGUGCCAAGUUCUAUGUUGAAUCCAGACAGACUGAUUCCAUUGAUUGACAUGAGUAGUUGGACACUAGUCAUAUCAAUGAAUAGUGCUUCUAAGCCACGUUGAAUUGAUUGGAACAUUGAAUUAAGUGAGUAAUUGUUGGUUUCAAUUAGCUCUUCUUUAAGCUUCAACCUACUGUGCAUAUAAUAAUGCGGUACUAUUUAAAUGACCAAAGGAAAAUUACUCACUGGGGGACGAUAGCAGAGAAUGUGGAUAUUGUAGUGGUGAUUACAGUAUACCGAAAAAUUAUUAUUACAGUAUCAUCCAUCACAUUAUGUAAAGUAUUCUGCAACAUUCACAUUCUGUUUAUGUAAUACCUUCACUGACUUGUAUACUUUUAUUAUAUUACUAUGCAUUGUAGGGGGUUUUUUAUGCUUUAAACUCACAUUGUCUUUUAGAGAGGCUGUCAUCCGUGAUGUACAUAACUGCACGACUUCACACAUUUUUAUUUAAUACAUUACUUUGAUUAGGAAAUAUUUUAUGUUUGUAUCAAGGGCUAUCUAUAUUAGAUGGUUGGAGGUGAUUGACAGGAAGCCUUCCACCUAGGUUUCGUGCUAGUUGGCACUCACCAGUCGUCAGCAAGGCGCAUCUGCA